ACAGUAGUAAGCUGUCGUUUAGAUCAACAAGCCGCUAUUUUGGAAGCAGUUUGAUAAACACUCACUGUUCCUCCGUUGAUGUCAGUCGUUUCCAGCGACACAUAUCACGCGAGAUCAACGAUUAACCAACACAAAACUAGCCAGCCACAUAACGUUAGCCCCGAACCGAUAAGGUUGGAUGACAUCGUCGGUUGAACUUUAAAAGACUAUCUAGCUCGUUUUUCUAUCCAUUUCACAGCAGGCAAGUCUGUGACAACAGAACAGCCAACGAUCUUGUAUUUUUGAUUGGCUUAAUAUUUUCAAUAUACAACCGAGCUAGCAAGAACUUUUUUUUUUAUCGUUUAUUUGGCAACUUCUCACUAGCGCUAACGUUAGCAAACACUUUUUUUGCCAUACAGAUCGACUUAUUUUUUCACCAAGCAGCUCUUCGUUUUGUUUUGUCAACAAGCUGUUUUUUUCUCUCGAAGGACUGACGUUAACUUACCUACCUAAAACAAAACGACGAUAUUUAGCAAACAGUUUGCUUAAUAAAGAGGGCAAAGCAACCAUAGCAGUUGAAGAAGUGUUAGCGUCAGCUUUUACCAGCCAGCUAACCAAACCCGUAACGUUACCUGAACUGUUUUACCAAUCAUUUAGAAACGCCUUUAACCGGUCGGUGCUGUAUUCAGGACAUUUAACUUUUAAAUUGCCCAUUUGAUACACUGUAAGAGUAUUUAACGUUAGCUAGCUCUCGCUUCUUUUUUUUUUUUAAAUAACAACUGACAGAACAGCAAGCCAGCUGAGUGUUAGAAGUAGCUAGACCAGUGGUUGGACCUGAGGCAAGUUGUGUACAGCCAAGGAAUCCCUCAUCGGAUUGUUACAUUAUUAUCAGUGUUAUUGUUGAAAAUGGCGGCGGUCGGAAUGGUGCAGAUGUUGAUCGAAGCAGCAGAGUACCUUGAGCGCAGGGAACGAGAAGCUGAACACGGCUAUGCCUCCAUGCCACCCUUCAUCAGCAGCCAAGAGAGGGAAAGCUUGAAAAGGAAAAGCAAAAGCAAGAAAAACACAAGUAGCAGGUCUACGCACAAUGAAAUGGAAAAGAACAGACGGGCACAUCUACGGCUCUGUUUAGAGCGCUUAAAAUCUCUUGUUCCCUUAGGACCAGAUGCUAACAGGCACACCACUCUAAGCCUGCUGAUGAAAGCCAAAGAUCAUAUCAAGAGGUUGGAGGAGAGCGAUAGGAGAGCUCAGCACACCAUGGAUCAGCUACAGCGGGAGCGGAGACAUCUGAGGCGGCGUCUGGAGCAGCUAGGGGUGGAGAGGACCCGCAUGGACAGUACCGGCUCCACUGUGUCGUUGGACAAGUCUGACUCUGACCAAGAGGACCUGGAUGUGGACGUGGAGGGGACGGACUACAUGCUGGGUGACCUGGAGUGGAGCACCAGCAGUGUUAGCGACUCGGGCGACGAGCGGGGCAGCCUGCGCAGCAGCUGCAGUGACGAGGGCUACUCCAGCGCCAGCCUGCUGCUGCUGCAGGACACUCAGGAGAAGGCCAAGCAGCUGGGCUGCAGCCUAUAGACAGCACUAGACAGCACAACUCCCGCCCCCCUCCUCAGUUACUCCCGUCCCAAUAUUGCCUCACCACUCCCUAAUCCCACUCUGACCUCCCCCUCCGUCCCUCCCUAGCGGGACUGACCAAGUCUGAGGCCUCUCCUCCAGCCAGGCCCUCUGCAGGCUUACCCAUUCCCACAACGCCCCCUUCCAGACUGCAACACCUCCGAGACACCCGCCCGCAUCCAGCCCGUCAUCAGCGGUCAGUCUUUUAGGGUGUCGGCCCGCUCCGCACCAAUCAAACGAGUGGGAUUUUAAAGACGCUCCACCCCUCCGUCUCUCCGUCCAUCCAUCAGAAACACAACUUUCAGCCAGAGAAUGUUACCACACAAUAUCCCACUGCCUCUUUUUCUAUGCCUCAAGAGCCAUGGGAAGCACUUGAGAUUUCACACAACACACACACACACACACACACACAAACACACACACACACACACACACACACACACACACACACACACACACACACACACACACACACACACACACACACACACACACACACACACACACACACCAUUCAUCGCUCCUAGUUGUCCAGUGAGACAGAGUCCUUCCAAAGGUGUGGCACUGACAUGAUUUUGGGGCUUUUUGUCUGCCCUGCUCACCAACCAGUUAAGCAUCUGUGCAUGGUAUUUUGCACUUACAAUUGUUUUUUUUGUUUUUUUUUAAACAAAACUGUUUCAUCUUUUUUCAAAUGCGGUCUCUGAAAAACUUAAAGGACACCCGCUACAGCUCUCUCGCAGUAUUGGUACAAGAUGAAAUGAGCGUUUGAAACGCAUGCCAGUAUGUUGUCUGCCUGCGCUGUGGGGGGUGCAGCAGAGUUUCGGGGGGGGUCACUAAAAGUAGACCGUGUGUGUGUGGUGUUAAACUGUCGGGGGGCCGACAGCAAUACGUCCCGUAGUUACCCAGGCAGUGGCAGGCUACUAACCAACCUGUCACUUUUCUGUCCAUAACUCCUAUUCAGAGGAAGAAGUAACAAAAAAAAUAAUAAUUGUGCAGCAUGAGAUUGUGAAGGGGCCCGGGAAUAUAGGAGGUUUAUUUUUUAUUUUUU